AGAAAGGAACAGUACGACAACAUACGUUGAAGUCAUCGGGUGUUUAAACAUAUAUAAAUGAAAAUGUAAGACCAAGAGCAGUAGUUUUUUUUAUCGAGUACAAUGAAGGCUGCUCUGUUCUUUGUUGCUGCACUUGUCGCAGUUGCGGUGGUCCACGGACAACUAGAAGAGUCGACCGCCGUCACUAUCCAGAAUGAGGAACUACCGUUCGCCACCAUCCAGGCUGUGAGAACAUUGGUGGCGACGUCGUACACGGAAGAAGACGACGACACCGUUUUUGUCCAGGCAGAUAAAAAGUUCUACUUGUAUGCAAAUUCACUGAAGAUGUAUUCUUGCUACCAACUGCAACCGAAGGGUAAGUCACUUACAAUAGCACGAUUUUCUGUGCAUGAUUGAUAAGAUAACCACAGACUGUUAAGUACAAUAUAUUGUGAAGGGUCCCAAAGUGAAUGUGGGAACAUGAGUUAAAUCAAAGCAUCAAGAGAAAAUGGUUACCUUUUCCAAGUAGUUAAAUGGCAAAUUGUUACCUCCCUGUGUACAAUGCAAGAUUCUGCAGUUUACUAAAUUGAAACUGAACGAGAUUCUUCACCAAAACUAUUCGGAGCAAUUUCCUCCGCAUAUUUAAUCCGCUUUUUCCAGUUCUUUAUUAUACCCUUAAAUCUGCUCCAUUUUUAACUUUCUAUGGUUUAAAGACUGAGUUCUCUUAUUUGGGUUAUGUUGUAUAGCGUGACAUGAAGUUCCCCAUGGGCUAACUUUUAGCGAAGAGAUAAUUUUAGAGGGAACGGUUGUUAGCACGAGUGCAGUGUGCUUUAUGUUGACAGUAAAUGUGUUGCCAGUUUUGUACGUAGACCUAGACACAGUAAAACAUUAUAAAAUGAC